AAGUUAAAAAGUGACCAGCAUUUAUAAUCAUGAAAAAAGGUAUCUGGGAAAUUAGCAUUGCGGUACUGUGUCCGUCCAUCUGAAGACAACUCGUGGGUGGAAAAGCCAGAAGAGAAAGAUGCCAUCGAGGACUGGCCUGACCUCCCUGGAGAAGAGCCUCAUUAUUUUGUUUGUGGCCAUGACUGCAGCCACCAUCGGCCUGGUUGUGGUUUAUGUCACCGAGGCCAAUAGCACCACUGGUGAAAAUGAAGGAGGGGAGAAUUCAAAGUGUAGGUCACCGAUCCAGCUGACGGGUGAGAUGGGGGAGUUCAGCAGCGAAAAUUACCCCAGCAACUAUGACAACAGUAUGAGCUGCAGCUGGACCAUCACUGUGGACAGCAAAAAGGUGAUCGCUUUGUGGUUCCAAGACUUCUCUCUGGAGGAAUCAGACACAUGCAGCACAGACGCCAUCACACUCCAGGAUGAGUUAGGGAUCAUCGGGAAAUUCUGCGGUUAUUCCAAACCGAAGCCGAUGGUGUCACUGGGAAGCAGUUUGAAGGUGUAUUUCGAUACAAACAGCGGAUAUACAGACAAAGGAUUCAAAGCCAUGUACCAUGCUGUGAACCCUAAUGCGGUUACUGAUAUCGUAGGAGCUGGUGGCUUUCUGCAGGGUGACCAUGGGGAGCUGAUGACCCCCGGCUUCCCAGAGAAGAACUACGAGGACGGUGUGGUGUACCAGUGGAAGAUAACAGUCCCACAUGGAGAGACGAUUCGACUCAAUUUUACUGCCUUUGACCUGGCCCCAGAAUUCUGUACUGACUUUGUAGAUGUCUUCGAUGGUCAUUCAGAUGGUGGCAGUGCUCCUCUACUUGGUCACUUUUGUGGGAAUAAGGUGCCAAAGCCGGUGUUUUCCAGUAGCAAUGAAAUGGUGGUGCGAUUUAAAAGUGAUUCUCUCCACAACUCUAAGGGCUUUAGUGCAGUUUACACUGCGGUUAGUGCUCCACCUGUUACUACUACCACCAAACCAACCAGCAGCACUAAGCCACCCACCACCUCUGAACCAACAGAUUCAGGCUGUGACUCUCAAGGGAAUCUUUCCGGUCGGAAAGGCGAGAUCCACUCUCUGGCUUUUCCCAAUGCUUAUCCAGCAAAUCUACGUUGUUCCUGGAGUAUCAGCGUGCCUAAGGGCCUUUUGGUUAAACUGCACAUCACUGAUUUAGCCAUCGUAGGUGAAGCAGGACAAUGCCAACAGGACAAACUCACAGUCACCGACAGCCAGCAGUCACUGGGCAUACACUGUGGCUUCAUCCUUCCUCCUGUGCUUGUCAGUGUCAGUAACAAGAUUGCUGUGAAUUUCCAGUCUGACGGCCGGCUAUCUGACCGCGGAUUCUCUGCCAGGUGGGAGGCUGUGUAUGCAGAGGACUUAGCUGAAAUUCAAGGAUGUGGUGGCUUUUCUAGUGAGGAGACUGGAGUCAUCAAGUCUGACAACUGGCCCAUGAACUAUGCCCCCAACAGAGAGUGUAUGUGGAUGGUGCAGGUCCCUGUGGGCAAAACUAUCACACUGACAUUCACCCACUUUGACUUAGAGGCAGGGGGUUUGCUCAGACCCUGCCUCGACAAGGUGGUAAUUUACGAUGGAGUACAUGACACCGCUACCAAAUAUGGUCCUUACUGUGGUGACAAACUCCCCCCUGUGAUCAAGACAACAAGAAACAGGCUGGUGUUGCGUUUCCAUGCUGACUUUUUCCAAGAGGAGAAAGGAUUCAGAGCGUACUGGAGCACAGAUCCCACACAGCCUGCUCCCACUGAACCGCCUGCACCACCAAACCCAUGGGACGACAUCGCUAUCGACUGGCCGGAGACAUGUGGAAGGCCGAAGAUUCCCCCCACAGUGAACACUCGCAUUGUGAAUGGUGAACCAGCCAAAUCUCACUCGUGGCCCUGGCAAGUGUCCAUGCAGGUUUGGCCUGAAUCCUAUCCCAACCCUGAGUUCUUCCACACAUGUGGUGCCACUCUCAUCCAUAAGAACUGGGUUUUGACUGCUGCACACUGUUUCAUCAGGUACGCAGAUGAGCUACAGAGAUGGCAGAUGUGCCUGGGAAAACACAACCUGACCCAGACAGAGCCAGGUGAGCAGUGCUACAGUGUUCUAGGCAUCUAUCGUCACGAGAGCUUCAAGUAUCCCACGGUGCCCAGUGUGGAGUUCGACGUCGCCCUGGUACGCCUAGCUGGAGAGGUCAUCCCUACCGAUCACAUUGACUUUGCCUGCAUGCCCUCGGUCGAGGAGAUGCUUCCAGAGGGAAAAAAAUGCUAUGCUACAGGCUGGGGAGAUGAAACAGGCAACUCGAUGGCUCCUAAAGUGGCGGAGACUCUUAACCAAGUCGCUCUUCCUGUGGUUCCUUAUGAUACGUGCAAACGCAUGGACUACUGGUGGUUCCAGGUCAAGCCAUCAAUGAUCUGCUGUGGAUACACACUCCCUGAUGAGCUCAAGUCUGUGUGUCAGGGAGAUUCAGGAGGUCCCCUUGUGUGUCAGGACAGCCUCUCGGGCCCCUGGGAAGUCCACGGUAUCACCAGCUUUGGGCCUGUUGGCUGCAUAAUGAACAAAAAGCCCAGUGUUUUCACUCGAUCUUCUGCUUACACCUCCUGGAUCGAGAACAUCAUACGCAAGGAUAUCUACCAACUCAUCACCUCUGGUUGUGGUGGACUAAAGGAGCAGACUGGCACUGCAGGUGUUUUGGCUUCAGUGAAUUACCCUGAGAGUUAUGACAACGGUGCCAAAUGCAUCUGGAACAUCCGUGUGGCUCCAGGCAAACGCGUGCACCUUCACUUUGACUCGUUCUCACUAGAGGAGAGCCAGAUGUGCCUCAGCGACAGUGUCUCCAUCUCGGACCACCUCAGCCCUCUGGGAACACACUGCAGUGCAUCUCCUCCAGGAGAUGUGGUUUCUGCUGGAGACAUGCUGACUGUCCGUUUCUCCAGCAAUAACAGAGUUGUGGACACUGGCUUCAAUGCCACAUGGAAAGCCGUGAACCUGACUGAUAUCAUUGGCUGUAGUGGAGAUUUCACUGGCCAGCAGGGGGAGCUAGUGUCCCCAAACUGGCCUGAUAACUAUCCAAACCAAAUCGCCUGCACGUGGAGCAUCUCCAGUCCAUCAUCCAAGAACCUCCACAUAGUCUUCACACACUUUGAGGUGCAAGCAGUUAACAUCCUGGGCAAGUGUGUGGACUUUGUGGAGGUCUUUGAUGCAGCUGGGAAGUCACAAGGGCAGUUCUGCGGAUUUACACUUCCCAAUCUUACUGUCGCUGGAGACAAAGCCACUGUGCGCUUCCUCACCAAUGAUGCAAGCCAAGAGAAGGGUUUCCGUGGUUACUGGACCACUGAUCCCAAUGUGUUUCCCACCCUGCCACCUCUGCCACCCAACCCGUGGGACAACGUGAAGAUCGACUGGCCUGCGGAUUGUGGGACUCCAGCAGUGGCUCCAGUGACCCCAGUGAUGAGGAUUGUGAACGGAAUGGAGGCUGUACCUCAUUCCUGGCCAUGGCAAGUGUCUAUGCAGGUCAAACAACUUGCUGCUUUGCCUUUCCAACAUGCUUGUGGUGGAUCAUUGAUCCAUAAGGAAUGGGUCCUGACUGCUGCCCACUGUUUCAUGCAACUAUCAGACCCUAAGUCAUGGCAGAUGUGUUUUGGGAAACACCACAUGAACGACAGUAUGGAUGACCUCCCAGAAGUGUGUGUUCCUGUGGAUGCUAUCAUAUCGCACAAGGAUUUUGUCUACCCCCAGAUCAGUGACGUCUCGAAUGACAUUGCCCUGGUGCGACUGGCCAAGCCUGUGUCCAUGACCCGAGAGAUCAGUCCUGUGUGUCUGCCUAAACCUGAGUCCCUAAUGCCUGCUGGUCACUUCUGCUAUGUCACUGGCUGGGGAGAUGAAAAAGGCGGUAUUCUUCCUGUGGUGGCUAAGAAGCUGAACCAAGCUCCUCUUCCUAUUGUCUCCUAUGAGACUUGCAGUAAACCAAUGUACUGGUGGGACAGCGUGAGACCUUCGAUGGUCUGUGCAGGGUACGAGUCACCUGAUGAGCUUAAAUCUGCCUGCCAGGGAGACUCAGGUGGGCCAUUCGUCUGCAAAUCAGCUGACACCGGCUCUCUUUGGGAGGUGCACGGUGUGGUGAGCUUCGGUGCACGUGGCUGUAUCGUGGACAAAAAGCCGUCAGUGUUCACUCGAGUCUCAGCCUUUAACCACUGGAUAGAAGACAAUAUCAAGAGAUACAUCUACGAAAACACUCCAGCUGCUUAAGUCCUGUCCUGAAAAAAAAGACUCUUGAUUCUAGUCUUUAAUCUGCACCUAUUUUUUACUUUGCGUUUUUCUUUUUCUUUGCCACAAGCCAUUACUGGACAAUAUGGUGGAACUAGACACAGAAAGAAAGAUGGUGAUAAUAUUGCAAUCACAGGACGGUGCUUUAUUCAGUCACUCAUGAUGUCAGGAAAUAAUAAUUCUUAAUUAUUAUUAUUUUAUAUUUUUUAUGUGCAGACACAACAACAAUAGCCUCGUAUAUAAUAAUUUAAUAGCUUAUAUGAUUCGGUUAUAUAAUCAGUAUAGCAAGUUAUCCUCCUCCUGCAUGCUCAGUAUAAUGUAUUAAAUAUUUCAACAUCACUGUCAAUGUUAUACAUAUACAAAACAAUGGAAUAUGUUUUCCUUUAAAUUUAAACACUUAAUUUAUUCAUUUUAUUAAAAUAAAUUAUAAUUUGCUCA